AUGAAGCGCCGCAGCUUCCGCUUGGCCGUCAAGAGCAUCCGCCUGGCCAUCAAGAGCGGUGACCCCGAAAGCGAUGCUACCGCCGCUCUGGCUUCACCAUUUAAGGGAUCGCCCACCGUCGACACCUCGACCAACGACAAGAAAGACGAACCACCAUUUCGCCUCCUCGACUUGCCACCUGAGGUGCGCAAUCGGGUCUACUCAUAUGCCCUCGUCACUCCGCUCGCACGCGAUCUGUCCUACUUCACACUUCCGCCGCUAUCCCUCACAUCCCGCCAAAUUCGCCACGAGACCCUCCCGAUUCUCUUCGUCGAGUCUCCCUUUCGCCUCAUCAUCGGCAGCAACAUAGACCAUCAACAUCUUACCUUUUUCCAUGAAGAGCAGAGAAGCCACCGAUCGUCAGGUAUUGCUGGAAUCAAGCGAACCGUCAGCAGUGCCCUCAAGACUGCAGGCGAAGCUGGCCUCUUCCGCGACGUCAAGCUCGAGGUCUACAACGCCCUGUAUGUCGAGUCGGUACGUGUCUGGAACCGGCGCGGGAGACAGUCCUCAGGCAGUGGCACUCUGAGAGCGAGAGACGAUGACAAGCUGCAGAUCGCUUCUUUGCAUCUUCAUGUCGUCGAGGGAUCGCUGAAGCUGGCUGUCGAGGAAGGUCCUGAUUACCCCAGCUCGUCCCGCCUCUCGCACCUGCGUGAACAUGAGGUCAACCAAAUGGCAGUGGCUUUAGAUGGUGCCUUGGAGAAUGCGAGCUACAUUUCGCGGAAUUUCGGGGCGCAAGAUGGUUUCAAGGGCUUCAAAUUAAGCCAUCUGAGAAAGAUUGCUAUGGCAUUCCGCCUGGGAUGA